ACAGCAUUCACAUCCAUCCUCACAACCUGUUCACAAUGGGACUUUUCUCACACCAUCACCACAAUAACCCCCUCCUCCUCCUCCUCCCGGUCCCCAGGGGCCCCUCCACCCCCCGGGCCCUGGGACCGUCCUGGUGGCCCACCACCACCACCUGGCCCUCCCGGCCCUCCUCCCCAUGAUCCCAGAGACCCCUGGGCUCGUCCUCCUCCUCCCGGCCCUCCUGGCCCUCAUGGUCCUCCUGAUCAAAGAGACCCCUGGGGUCGUCCCGGUGGUCCUCCCGGCCCUCCUCCUCCCCCAGGCCCAGAGACCCUUGGGAUCGCCCUGGUGGCCCCCCAGGACCUCCUCCUCCGCCAGGACCCAGAGACCCUUGGGAUCGCCCUGGUGGCCCCCCAGGACCUCCUCCUCCGCCAGGUCCUAGGGAUCCCUGGGAUCGCCCUGGUGGUCCUCAUGGCGGCCCCCCUCCUCCUGGCCCCCCGGGCCUUGGGACCGUCCUGGUCCUCCUGGUCCUCCCCCUCCGGGACCUCCUGAGGUAUGUUAGAUAUGGCACUCGCCGAUUUGUUCUUGUUCUUGUGCUAAUGAUGUUGGUAGUACCGCCGGUGGUAAAUGAUUGAUGGUGUUGGCUUGCUAGGAAGUGAUAUCUUUUGCUAUUUAUCUGUAUAUAUGUUAGUGUUUUGGUUGAGAGUUGUAUAUGAUUCCCAAUUGCAUUUGUUCUAUGUUCGUCGUUAGCAUGGUUCUUAUACGGAUUUUCAAAAUACCAGUUAGGACUUAUUUAGCAAGAUAAGUAGCA